UGCCAAGUUGGCCGGUACUUAGAGUUAAACCAGAUCGCUGGACUCCCAUUGGCCCCAAGUGUUUACGGCCUCGUGGCGCGUGCUUGUAGUUUUAAAAGUAGAUUCCAACUUCAUUCUUUCUCGCCCAGUCCUUCUACCUGAGAACACCUUUCAACUCAAAUCAAACAUGAAUUCCAUCUUUUUUUCGGCCAUUUUGGCCGUAUUGUUGGCCCUGGCCACAGCAGCAGAGAAGAAAGAGACCGUCCAGUGGCAGUCAUUGAAAGUCAACGAAACCGUUACAGCCGAGGCCACACUGGACAUUUUGGUCAAGAAUUAUGAUGCCUCAGGAGAUCUGCACGGGACUCUUCGUAUUGCUCUCUUCGGUGAAACAGUCCCAAUGACAGUACUCAACUUUUUCAGUAUUUGCAAUGGCGUCAAACGUCCAUCUGGUGAACUGAAGUAUGCCAACACCUACUGUCACAGACUUGUCAGAGAUAUGAACUUCCAGUGCGGUGACGUCACAACUGGGGACGGAUCAGGAGGUAUCAGUAUGUUCGGUGACACCUUCAAUGACGAAAACUUUAUCAUCGGGCUGAGUGAGAAGGGCACAGUGGCCAUGGCCAACAGGGGGCCCAACAGCAACGGAUCUCAGUUCUUCAUCACCUUCAGAAGCUGGCAGUACCUGGACAACCUCCAUGUUGCCUUUGGCCAGGUGGUUGGAAAAGAAUCAUUGGAAUUCCUUGAAAAAAUCGGUGAAAUCGAAGUUGAACGUGACGGUAUGACUCCAACAAGAAAGAUUAAAAUUGUGGACUGCGAGGCGAAAGACGUGAAGAAAUACAAGAUCCAAAGACGAGCCUCUGUGAACGACGACAAAUUCUAGACCUUCAUUUUUUAUAGAUUUCUUGUUUUUUCUAAGUUAGAUAACCAAUAAUUGUAAAAAUGUCUAUCUGUAGACUUGUUUUGUAUGGACCAUCCGUGUAGGCCUGGCCAGCUCAGCUUUUUGUUUUUCUUGUGUUUUUUUGAAAGGAAACUUUGUUUGAAAGCGAGAACGUCAGAGAAUGUGUGUGUGUAACAUGUUUUCUUAUAAAAACAUUCCAUGGUGAGAUCUGCUGCCAAGAUCCGACAUUCAGACGAGAUCAUAAAUAAAACAUUUAUUUACCUAUG